CUGAGGAAGCCGGAAGUCAGCGGCGAAGAGGAGGAGGAGGAGGCUGCGCUGUUCUUGCGCGCUGGGGCCGGGGGAGUCCGCGCGCCCUCCCUGCGCCGCCAUGGCCCUCGCGCCGCUCUUCCUCGCGCUCUUCCCGCCCUUGGCCGCGGCCUUCUACCUGCCCGGCUUGGCGCCCGUCAACUUCUGUGAGGACCCCAGCAAGUACGACUGCAAGUCUUCCAUAGAGGUGUUUGUGAAUAGACUGGAUUCUGUAGAAUCAGUCCUUCCUUAUGAAUAUACUGCGUUUGAUUUUUGCCAAGCACCGGGAGAGAAACGUCCAUCUGAAAAUCUUGGUCAAGUAUUGUUUGGAGAGAGGAUUGAACCAUCUCCAUAUAAGUUUACUUAUAAAAAAGAAGAAGCAUGCAAGCCUGUUUGUACAAAAGAAUAUGAUCUUAAAAAACCUGAAGACAGACAGAAGCUAGAUUUUCUGAAAAAAAGCAUGCUACUGAACUAUCAGCAUCACUGGAUAGUGGACAAUAUGCCUGUAACAUGGUGUUAUGAGGUUGAAGAUAAUCAAUGGUUUUGCAAUCCUGGAUUUCCCAUUGGUUGUUUUAUAACAAAAGAUGGACACCCCAAAGAUGCCUGUGUUAUUAGUUCAGAAUUCCAUGAACACAAUACCUUCUAUAUCUUCAACCAUAUGGACAUUAGAAUAGUCUAUCACAUUGUAGAAAAUGAAGCACCUAGUGCAAGACUAGUCGCUGCCAAAAUUAAACCAAAAAGUUACAAGCACACAGAUCCUGAAAAGCCAGACUGCUCUGGACCACCUAUGGAUAUAAGUAAUGAAAUGACUGAUGGAAAAGUUAAAAUUGUCUAUACUUAUUCCAUUUCUUUUGAGGAAAAUAAAGAAAUCAGAUGGGCAUCCAGGUGGGACUACAUUUUAGAAUCAAUGCCCCAUACACACAUACAGUGGUUUAGUAUUAUGAAUUCUCUCGUGAUUGUCCUUUUCCUUUCUGGAAUGGUAGCUAUGAUCAUGCUAAGAACUCUCCAUAAGGAUAUUGCAAGAUAUAAUCAAAUGGAUUCUACAGAGGACGCUCAGGAGGAAUUUGGCUGGAAGCUUGUUCAUGGUGACAUAUUCAGGCCCCCACGAAAAGGAAUGCUGCUUUCUGUAUUUUUAGGCUCUGGGACACAGAUUUUAAUUAUGACUUUUGUUACUUUAUUCUUUGCUUGCCUUGGAUUUUUAUCACCUGCAAAUCGGGGUGCAUUAAUGACCUGUGCUGUGGUCUUGUGGGUGCUGCUUGGAACCCCAGCAGGUUAUGUUGCUGCUAGGUUCUACAAAUCAUUUGGGGGUGAAAAAUGGAAGACAAAUGUUCUGCUGACAGCCUUUCUUUGUCCUGGCAUUGUAUUUGCGGACUUCUUUAUCAUGAAUCUGAUUCUCUGGGGAGAAGGCUCCUCUGCAGCUAUUCCUUUUGGCACUUUGGUUGCUGUUCUAGCUCUCUGGUUUUGCAUAUCGGUACCACUGACAUUCAUUGGAGCCUACUUUGGAUUUAAAAAGAAUGCCAUAGAACACCCAGUCCGAACCAAUCAGAUUCCUCGUCAGAUUCCUGAACAGUCAUUUUAUACAAAACCAUUACCGGGCAUUGUUAUGGGAGGUAUUCUUCCCUUUGGAUGUAUCUUCAUACAGCUUUUCUUCAUCCUUAAUAGCAUAUGGUCUCAUCAGAUGUAUUACAUGUUUGGCUUCCUGUUCUUGGUAUUCAUUAUUCUGGUUAUCACUUGUUCAGAGGCUACUAUUCUACUUUGCUAUUUCCACUUGUGUGCAGAGGACUACCAUUGGCAGUGGCGUUCCUUUCUUACCAGUGGCUUUACAGCUGUUUAUUUUCUUAUAUAUGCAGUGCAUUAUUUCUUUUCCAAACUUCAAAUUACGGGUACAGCAAGCACCAUUUUAUAUUUUGGCUACACCAUGAUAAUGGUCUUGAUAUUCUUCCUUUUCACAGGAACAAUUGGAUUCUUCGCAUGCUUUUGGUUUGUGACCAAAAUAUACAGUGUGGUAAAAGUAGAUUGAAGAAAUUCUCAACUAAAAUACAGAUGGCAUCAACCUAAUUCAAAGACAUGCUUUUGGGAAGGAAUUUAAUCUUUAUCUGGAGUAUUGACUUCUGUACUUUGUGAAUGAUACUGAAUAUACAUUUUUCUCCCACUCAGACUUGUGUAUUGUAACUUACAAUCUGGUUUCACUUGGGUGUUCUUAAUGAAGUUUGGACUUAAAUAUGGUAUGCAUUGUACAUAUUGCUGUUCUGGAACUUUUAAAUUCCAAUGGCAGGCUAAAAUGAUUUAAUGAUAUUUCUAAAAGAAUGCUUGUAAAUAUGGAUUUGUAAGCCAGGAUCUAAUGUUGUAUUAGAAUACUUGUACUAACCUAAAGGUCUUUCUCCUGCUCUGUCCUCUUCCAUUGCUGCUCCAGAGGAUAUAUCAGGCCUACCUAAGCAGUUAUAUGGCAGGGAAGUGAAUCGUCCCCACCAAUCCCAUCUCUGAGUUUGUUGAGUGGAAUUAUUUUUCUUUCAAAGAAAUGAUUUUAUAUCAUGAUUUUGAUGGUUUUCCCAGUGUGUUACUUUGAAUCUGAAUGCUUCUGUUUUAUAUUGGAGCUAUGGCCAUAGAUCCUUCUCCACUUUAUCUGUGACUCUUUUGGGUUCCAUUGGUGUUGGCCUUUUAAAAAGAUGUGCCUCUUAAGUCUUGGAAUCUAUAUAUUCAAAAUCAUAAUAAAUACUGUAAAGAUUUUCAGUGGGCUAUUACACAUUAUAAAUAAGUCUAUUAAAGUUUGUAAAUAUAAGUAUAUAGAGAUGUUUUUAAAAUAUGUAGAUUAUUUUAUUAUGUGUUACAUUCUAGUUUUGAUUUAAUUCUUUGUUAAUCUGCUCCAUUCAAGAAACACAUAAUACUCUUGUACUACUUAGGAAUCCUAUUUCAUAAUGGAACUUCAGUAUCAGUCCUAAUCCAGUAACAGCAUUAAGUUAAGAGAUGGAUUAAUAUGUUGAAAAAAUCUGUAUAUAUAAAAGCAAGAUGCACUUCUAAGUGUGUUCAAAACAGGUUUUAAUGAUGCAUUUUAUGCUGAAAUGGCUGGUGGCUUUGUCCUUUGGACAUACAAAAGCACUCCUUGCUUUAUAUUAAAUAGAAUAAAAUUUGUCAUGUGUUGAAUUAAAAUUAAUCCACACACAUUUUUGAAAAUUAUAAUGGAAACAUGUUUAUUGUGUUGAGUAGUUUUGACUUUACUGGUUCACCUGUUAGUAAUGCUUGCAUGUUUCCUGCAAGAGCACACUUGCUACCAUGUAACUGCAUGUUUUGGGCUCAGAAGCUGAAAAACUAGAUAAAUUAACUGAGGUUUUUCUAAUUUUCUUUCUGAAGAUCAUAAAUAAGGAUGUUUGACUAUUAAAAUCCAAUAAAUAUCAUUUGUUAAUAA